AUGGCUGAGAAGUCCUUCAAGUAUGUCAUCCUCGGAGGCGGCGUUGCUGCGGGUUAUGGAGCCGCAGAGUUCGCGAAGCAGGGUCUGAAGGCUGGCGAGCUUGCCAUCGUGUCGCGAGAGGCGGUGGCUCCCUACGAGCGACCUGCGUUGAGCAAAGGCUACCUCUUUCCUCAAUCGCCUGCGCGACUGCCUGGGUUCCACACAUGCGUGGGUGGCGGAGGGGAACGGCUGACCCCCGAAUGGUAUUCGGAAAAAGGCAUCGAGCUCAUUCUGAACACGGAGGUCGUGUCUGCUGACGUGGCGAACAAGAAGCUCUCCACCGCGUCGGGCGACACCAUCGCCUUCACCAACCUCAUCAUUGCCACUGGCGCCGAUACCAUCAAGCUGACUGACUUCAAGACGCCAGGCGCGGACGCCAAGGGCAUCUACUACCUGCGGGAGAUCAAGGAGGCGGACGAGCUGUAUGCUGCCAUCCAGGCCAAGAAGGGCGGCAAGGCCGUGGUGGUGGGUGGCGGGUACAUCGGGCUCGAGCUCGCGGCCAUCCUCGCCAUGAACGACAUUAAGGCCACCAUGGUCUUCCCCGAGCCCUUCUGCAUGCCUCGUCUCUUCACCCCGACCCUCGCAGCCUUCUACGAGGGGUACUACGAGGCCAAGGGCGUCACCAUUGUGAAGGGCACGGUCGCCACGGCCUUCACAGCCAACGAGGAGGGGCAGGUGAAGAGCGUCACGCUCAAGAGUGGAGAGACUCUAGAGGCGGAUCUGGUGGUGGUGGGCGUGGGCGCCCGCCCCAACGUGGGGCUCUUCAAGGAUCAGCUCGCGUUUGACAAGGGCGGGAUUAAGGUGGAUGCUCGCUUCCUCUCCAGCGCCCCAGGCGUGUAUGCCGUGGGGGAUGUAGCGACAUUCCCCAUGAUCAAGUAUGGUGAUGAGAGGCGCGUGGAGCACGUGGAUCAUGCCAGGAAGUCAGUGCAGCAGGCUGUGAAGGCAAUCAAGGCAGCGGAGGCGGGGGAGCAGGUAGCGGACUACGCCUACCUGCCCUACUUCUACUCGCGCUCCUUCGACCUCUCCUGGCAGUUCUACGGGGACAACGUGGGCGACACCGUGCACUACGGGCUCACGGACGGCAAGGCGGCCGGCGAUGGGGCGGCGAAGUUCGGCGCGUACUGGGUGAAGGAUGGCAAGGUGGUCGGCGCGUUUCUGGAGGGCGGGAGUGCGGACGAGAACAAGGCGAUUGCGAAGACAGCUCAGGAGCAGCCGGCAGUGGGGAGCCUAGAGGCACUGGCAGGAGAGGGGCUGGGGUUUGCCCUGAAGGCUUGA